AUGGAUCCGUUGAGCGCUACAAGGCUCGUCUUGUUGCCAAAGGCUUUACACAGGAAUAUAGGAUUGAUUAUGAAGAGACUUUUGCUCCAGUUGCUCAUGGAUGUUAAAAAUGCCUUCCUUAAUGGGGAUUUGAGUGAAGCAGUCUAUAUGCAACCUCCUCUUGGUCUCUCUGUUGAAUCAAACAAGGUUUGUCAUCUUCGACGUGCACUUUAUGGUCUUAAACAAGCCCCACGAGCUUGGUUUGCCAAGUUCAGCUCCACUAUUUUUCGCUUGGGUUACACUGCCAGUCCGUAUGAUUCUGCCUUAUUUCUUCGUCGUACUGAUAAAGGCACUAUUUUGCUUCUUCUAUAUGUGGAUGAUAUGAUCAUAACUGGUAAUGACCUUAGUGGCAUUCAAGAACUCAAGGAUUUUCUCAGUCAGCAGUUUGAGAUGAAAGAUCUUGGACAUCUCAGCUAUUUCCUGGGUCUUGAAAUUACUCAUUCCACAGAUGGUCUUUAUAUUACUCAAGCCAAGUAUGCUUCUGAUCUGCUGUCUCAAGUCGGACUCACUGACAGUAAGAAUGUUGACACUCCAGUCGAACUUAAUGCGCAUCUGACACCCUCCGGGGGGAAACCAUUGUCCAAUCCUUCUUUUUACAGACGAUUGGUUGGCAGCUUAGUUUAUCUCACAGUUACUCGUCCGGACAUUUCCUAUGCUGUUCAUCAGGUGAGCCAGUAUUUGUCUGCUCCACGAUCAACUCACUAUGCUGCUGUUCUGCGCAUUCUUCGAUACCUGAAGGGUACCAUGUUUCAUGGCCUUUUCUACUCAGCUCAAUCUCCUCUUGUACUCCGUGCAUUCUCUUAUGCUGAUUGGGCAGGAGAUCCUACUGAUCGCAGGUCCACUACAGGUUACUGCUUCCUUCUUGGUUCUUCUUUGAUUUCUUGGAGAAGUAAGAAACAAACUUUUGUGGCCCGCUCCAGUACUGAAGCAGAAUAUCGUGCCUUUGCUGAUACCACAUCUGAGCUCCUUUGGCUAAGAUGGCUUCUUAAGGAUUUGGGUGUGUCCACCUCCUUUGCUACUCCCCUUUAUUGUGACAACCAGAGUGCCAUUCAUAUUGCUCACAAUGAUGUCUUUCAUGAACGGACUAAACACAUCGAGAUUGAUUGUCAUUUUAUCCGUUAUCAUCUUGUCCAUGGUGCUCUUAAGCUUUUCUCCAUCUCCUCCAAAGAUCAGCUUGCAGAUAUCUUCACCAAGUCACUUCCUACAAGAUGCACUCGUGAUUUAAUUGACAACCUCAAGUUGGUCUCACAUCCACCUUGA